AUGAGGAGGCUUCACCCCAAGCAGGCAGUGCUGGAGUUCUUCGAGCGAUACACCGCAAUUACUGAUCGCAAAGAGCUCAAGUACCACUUCCACGAUAAAACUGUGGCACAUCCGAGCAGGCCACGGUUCUUCGUUGCUGAGCUGCUUUGCCCCGUCUUCUACAAUGGAAUCUUCGAGGGUCAUCCGAAGCGCACUGAGGCGCAGGCCGAAAUUUCUGCUGCCGAGGUGUUCACCGCGGAUCCCCACGUGGUGGAAGCAGCCGGCAAGCUGCCACCGCACCUGGGGAAAAUCAGGCAGCGUGUCGCCCUCAACCGGCAGCAGAAAGAUGCCAUUCUCUGGGCAGGACUGUCUCCAUACGAGUUCUCGCGGCGCAUGAUUCACCAAGUGUACAUGGGCUUCCAGCAGUUCGGUUGCCGAACAGCGAUAUGGGACAAUAACUUGUAA